AUGGUCAACAGCGUCCUGGACCUCUUGACGCGCGGCAUGCCGGCCGACACGGCGCGCGACAUGAUACGCACGGCGUCGGGGCACCUCAACGGCAUCUACGACGCGUGCGGGCCCAGCGUCGAGGCCAACGUCCGGGUGGCGUUCCUCAACAGGCGGCUGUACCGGCUGUGCACCGACGACAGGGUCUUUGUCACCUUUGUCCCCCUCGUGCACUGGCAGACGGCUGAGGUCAUUCCGAGGUUUCCCGGGUCCAUCCUGGAGCUCCUCUGCAUGACUGAUGCCGACUUGGUCCGGGCGCUGGAGUGUCUCGGAGAGCGGCCUCGAGAGGAGAAUUGGAACCGAGCGCAGAAGCUGCGCCGGCUCGGUCGGCGGUGGAUUGCCGGAUUCGAUUAUCUCAUCUAA